AUGGGAAAUUGUUGUAAUGGAAAUUAAAUGUUAGAUCGACACAACCCACAAAUUAUUUUAGUUACAGACUAAUAAAAUAACUCUCUUUAAGUUGAUAAAGCUGCCACCAAAAUUCAAUCUUAUUUCAGAGGAAUUAAGGUUAGAAAAGACUUAAAAUCUAUGAAAAAUCAAUAUCAUUGUAAUAAUGAACAUGCACCUUUGACCAUGGUGGCUAAAUUAUCUAGAAUGCCUAAUUAUCUUACUGAAAAAACUAAAAAAGUACAUGAUGAAUAAGGUCCAUUUGAAGAAAUCUUAGAACCAGAUUUACCAAAAUUAGGACCAUAUGAAUAUAAUGAUUAAACAGUCUAUUAUGGUUAAUACAAAAAUGGAUUGAAACAUGGUUAUGGUACACAAAUAUGGAUAGAUGGAUCAAUAUACGAAGGUUAAUGGCAAAAGAACUCUGCUUAAGGUAUAGGUAGAUUAAUUCAUUGUGGUGGAGAUGUAUAUAUAGGAGAAUGGUAGAAUGAUAAAGCUAAUGGAUAUGUAAUUUAUUAUGGAUAAUAGGGGAACUUAUAUACAUGCAGAUGGUGCAAAAUAUGUAGGUUAAUGGUUAGACGAUAAAUAACAUGGAGAUGGUAUAGAAACUUGGCCAGAUAACUCUAUUUUUAAAGGUUAAUACUAAAUGGGGAAGAAACAUGGUCAUGGAGAAUUCUAAUGGAAAGAUGGUUCUAAAUAUAUUGGAGAUUUUGACAAUAAUCUGAUAUAAGGUUAUGGAGAAUAUACUUGGUUUGAUGGUAGAAAGUAUAUAGGAGCAUGGAAAAAUAAUAAAAUGGAUGGUCAAGGAGUAUAUAUACAUAUAUAUAAGUAAUAGAUUUUUACAUGGAUAGAUGGCAGAAGAUAUAAAGGUGAAUAUAGAAAUGAUAAAAAGGAUGGAUAUGGAGAAUUCAAAUGGCCUGAUGGACGAGUAUAAUGUAUAUAUUGAUGAUUAGAUUUAUCGUGGAUAAUGGUAGAAUGGUAAAUAACAUGGGAUAGGAGUUUAUAUAGGAGAAUCGAAUGUUGAGAAAUAAGGGAUAUGGGAAUAAGGCAAGAGAGUUAGAUGGAUUCAUAAAGGGGAAUCUAUUAUUACUGAUUGA